GUAGAGGGAGGAUCCAGCCGUUGAAUUUCUCGCACAAGCCACUUAAUGUGAGCUCCGAGCAUGACAAUAACUGCACAGUUCCAGACCUCGCCCCCACCGGCGCAGCCAGGCUCCCUCCGCGGCUCCAGCGCUAGCUCCGGCCGGGAGCCCGGAGCCGUUUUCCCGCAGGUGCAGCGCCAUGAACUGCAGCGAGGCGCGGGCGCUGCCGGCGCUGCUCAGCGCGCUGCUGCGGGAGCUGCGCCGCGGCCGCCACGCCAGCGCGCCCGCGCCGCCGGCCCCCGCGGCCGGGCCCGGGGCAGACGCCUCGCUCUACAUCCUGCUCAUCAUGAUCUUCUACGGCUGCCUGGCCGGGGGGCUCAUCCUCGCCUACACCCGCUCGCGGAAGAUGGAGUCCAAGCACGACCCCUACCACCUCUACAUCGAGCGCGACUGGGGCCGCGGCGGCGGCGGCCCGGGACAGCCGGCCGAGGGCCAGCGGCUGAUGUGAGCGCGACUGCGGCCGAGAAGGAAGAGCCCGCGGCGCUCCUGCCGGCCGCGGCUCGGCUGCCCCGGAGCGCGGGCGGGAGCGGGCGGCUGCCGGGACCGCGCCUGGCUACCGACGGCUGCUGGGACCGCAAACCGGACUGCUCCUCGUCUUGCAGCGAGGGCUGCUCUCUUAACGCUUU